CUAAGCAUCAUAGUUUGAAUCUUCCUCUCUCUUUUUUCUUGUUUUCGUUCGUUCAUUUUCACAGAAAAAAUCAAAUACUUUAAACUUGUGCUGAUUGACCCGCAACCACAAGAGGUGAAAAUUAUAUGGGAUUUGGGAACUGGAUUGAUUUGAUUAUUCAACAUAUCCCAUAGAACUCACAAGAACUCUGAAGCUGCUUUAAUUUUUGUUAAAGACGUAAAAAGAGGGUGAUAAGGCAGGUCUUUGUCAAAGUAGUUAUUUAUCUUCGUAAAGAAGAGUUUUUAAUACAAUAUAUUUUUGUUGGUGGGGUGUUUUCCGUCUCCUACCACCUCUUUGACCUUUAAUGAUAGCCUCAUAGUUUGGUCUGCAAACUGACCAAAGGAGGUUAAAAAAAAAAAAAGAGAGUCGAUCUUGGAGAUUUUUUUACUUUUCUCUGGGGAACUCUGUCUGGCUGCAGAGGAAGCGAGAGCGGAACCAAUGGGGAUCGUCUCGGAAGAAGAAGCCAUUGAUGAACUCCAGAAGCUCAUAAAUCAAGUUGAGGGGCCACUGAAGAAAACAUUUGAGAGAGUCCAUCAGGGAUACCUGAGGGAGAACUUGAGUCGUUUCCUGAAAGCACGUGACUGGAACGUGAGCAAAGCUCAUACAAUGCUUCUUGACUGUUUGCGUUGGAGGGUGGAUAGUGAAAUCGACAGUAUCUUAUCAAAACCCAUUGUUCCUAGUGAGUUGUACAGGGACGUACGGGAUUCUCAACUCAUAGGAAUGUCUGGUUACACCAGAGAGGGCUUGCCUGUGUUUGCUAUUGGCGUUGGCCUCAGCACAUUCGACAAAGCUUCAGUUCACUACUAUGUCCAAUCCCACAUCCAAAUCAAUGAAUACAGAGACCGUGUACUACUGCCUUCCAUGUCUAAGAAGAAUGGGCGGCCAAUCACCACCUGCGUCAAGGUUCUUGACAUGACAGGUCUGAAACUUUCAGCCCUAAGCCAGAUUAAGUUAGUGACAAUCAUAUCAACCAUCGAUGAUCUAAACUAUCCAGAGAAGACAAACACUUACUAUGUUGUCAACGCUCCAUAUAUAUUCUCCGCCUGUUGGAAGGUUGUAAAACCUCUUUUACAUGAGAGGACGACUAAAAAAGUUCAUGUGUUAUCCGGUUCCGGAAAGGAUGAGUUACUGAAGAUUAUGGACUACACAUCCCUCCCACAUUUCUGUAGAAGAGGAAGCUCUGGCUCAUCUCACCAUACUCAGAGUGUAGACUGUUUUUCUGUUGAUCAUCCCUUUCAUCAGCAGCUGUACAGCUAUGUGAAGCACCAUUGCGAAACGCAGGGACAAGGUGAACCUGCAAAGCAAGGGUCGUUCCACGUGGGUUUUCCUGAGCCUGGAGCUGAUGGUGUUCAGAUAGCUAAAACCAUUGAAUCUGAAAUGCACAAGUCCGAGAACUGCAAUGGUCUGGGGAAGCCUGUUGAUGACAGAACAGUCGGUCCAUGAAAAGACUUGGAAGAUGUUUAACCCUGAAUGGCUCUGAAGGAAGUCUUUUCAGUGCCUUCAAAUGAGUAAAUUACUGAGCACUUAGCACUUACCACUAAGCUCUGUGAACUCCUUAGCCAUGCAAAUGUAAAGCGAAGCACAGAGAAUAAAAUGUUGAACUGAUGAAUGUACUCCUGGAUUCAUGUUUAGUGUUAUUUGAUCCUCGUGCUAAGACAUUUCUAGCAAAUUUAUAUAUGAUUUAUAUUGUCUCCGA